AUGCGGAUGCUCGCGUAUGGAGCAUCCGCUGACUCUGUUGACGACUACGUUCGGAUCGGUAAAAGUACAUCGCUUGAGAGAGUGAAGAGGUUCGUUCAAUCGAUUAUCAACAUCUUUGGAGAGGAAUACCUUCGUUCACCGACUAAUGAAGACAUUGCACGCCUGCUCGAGGAAGGCUCACAACGAGGUUUUCCUGGUAUGCUUGGGAGCAUUGACUGCAUGCACUGGACAUGGAAGAACUGUCCAACUGCCUGGCAAUGGUCUCACAAUGACCUUAAUGUUCUACAUCGUUCACCGGUUUUCGCACAACUUGCGGAGGGAAGAGCUUCACCGUGCAACUAUACUGUCAAUGGCCACGAGUAUAAUAUGGGAUACUAUCUCGCUGACGGGAUUUACCCAGAGUGGUCCACAUUAGUGAAGACUAUUCCAGCACCUCGAGGAAACAAGCAUAAGUACUUUGCUCAACAACAAGAAAGCGCAAGAAAAGAUGUUAAGCGAGCUUUUGGCGUGUUGCAAGCUCGGUUUGCGAUUGUUCGUGGACCAGGACGUUUCUGGCAACCUUGUGUGCUAAAAGAUAUCAUGACAGCUUGUAUCAUAAUGCAUAACAUGAUCGUUGAAGAUGAACGUGAUUGUCAAUUGGACAACAACUUCGACUUUACUGAUUCGGUAUUAGUCGUUGAACCUUCUCAUGUGCAGACGGUGCCUCUAACCCAGUUCAUCCAAAAUCAUCAUCGGAUCAGGAACACGCAAACACACAAAUUACUAAAAAAUGAUUUGAUCGAGCAUCUGUGGCAGCUCAAGGGAUCCAUCGUCGAGGAUUAA